GAACUUCGUUGUAUUCAUUCCAUCACCAUCGCCCUCGACCCUCUCGACAAUUUUGACGUUUUCGGUUCAAUUUCUAGUUUGGAUUUUCCGUCUCUCUUGUCAUCUAUGCCUGUCUCUGGAUUGCCGGGCUGUUGUUUUAGAUCUGUGAACCGAUUCAUGCUGGCCUUCAACGUUUCAACUGUGCUGCCUCGUGCGGCUGUACUUUACCAAACACGUGUUUGGCGCACCCUCGACCUCUACCCACCACCAUCCAGCUCGCAAUAGGUGUUGUCUAUGUCCGUGUCGUCCCAAAAAUACUCUUUCCAGGCUGGAAAUCAACAUAUAUUAAACGGAGCCCGCGACACCAGGAUAGGCGAGGCGGUAUUCAAUAACGUCGGUGGUGAUCAGUUCAAUCAGAAUCUUUAUACAGGAAAUCCACUUUGGGAAGCGAUUGCAGACGUCGGAGCGUCUCAUAAUUCGGAACAACAGGUUGACCGGGACGGUUGUCUCCCUGGAACUCGUGAAGCAGUUCUCGAACUGAUUCGACAAUGGAGAGUUUCCGGGUCCAGGAGUAUGCCGGUUUGUUGGCUUUCUGGCGCUGCGGGAGUAGGAAAGUCAGCCAUAGCAUUGACUAUUGCCGAAGAAUGCGAGGAAGAUCAUGGUCUGGUGGCCUCGUUCUUCUUUUUCAGAUCGGACCCCAAGCGAAACAACGCCUCCUCCCUCAUUCUAUCUAUCGCACAUGGUCUUGUAGUUACGAGACCGCAUUUGAAACCACUUGUUGACCAGAGGAUUUCCGCAGACCCCCGGAUCCUUAAGGCUCAGUUGGAAGAUCAAUACAAGAAACUGAUUCUACAAAACCUGGAUCAUCCUCCUCCUUCAUCUGCUGAUAGGGUCCCCAACGUGGUCAUCAUUGAUGGUCUCGAUGAAUGUGGUAAUGCUGCUAUGCAGCGCCGUGUCCUUUCCAUCAUAUUUUCCACAUAUCAACAACCAUUCCAUCACCCCUUGCGAUUCCUCAUAUGCAGCCGUCCCGAAUCCUGGAUCCGAGAAGAAUUUAUGCAGUUCAGUGGAUUGACCAAACAUAUCAAACUGGAUGAUUCGUUUCGCCCCCGGUACGACAUCGAACUUUACCUCAAUCAGCAGUUCCUGGAGAUCCGCAGAGACCUCAAAUAUUCACAAAUCGUAUUCCCAGACCCGUGGCCAUCUCCUUAUCAUUUUCGGUUGCUGGUUGACAAAUCUGAUGGUCAAUUCAUUUUUGCAAAGACUACCACCAUGUUCAUCAAGGCGGACUACUCACUUCCAACUGACCAGCUUUGCAUCGUCAUCGAUACCAUAACCCACCAGUCCUCUGAUUCCUCGAGAGAGUCACCUCUCGACGAUCUUGACAAACUCUAUCUCAUGAUAUUGCGUGCCAACCCUGACCGCGAUAAGCGACUGCUCCCCAUUCUCGCAAUGAUCGUCGUAAUUCAAGAAACAUCUCCUGCAUUUAUCGAACUCGUGCUCGGACUGUCUCAUGGCACGGUUGCUCUGACAUUAUGUGCGAUGCACUCGGUGCUAGAUGUCCGCGAUCGGGACAAUAACAUCAAGGUUUACCACAAAUCCUUCAUUGAUUUCCUCCACGAUCAGGCACGGUCGAGGGAGUUUUUUAUCGACAAGUCGACGUGGUGGGACUUUCUGGCCUGUCGGUGGACUAGGGUUCUGACUGAGCAGUUGAGAAAGGAUCCUGAGCUGCUAAGACACGAGAAUUUAUCUCAUUCUUUAGGGACGUUGGUAGAACGCUGGAAUAAGUUCCUUGACCGAGUGGCUGGCCGUAUGAGUAGUGCACUGAUAUCGGAUGUGGAUGCUUUCUACCACGUGGUUUUGUCCAUUUCCGCGGAGUUAGUGGGUCACGAGGUGCUCCUUCGCAUACUUGGGGCAACUCUACUGCUUCCACCUGUUUCAUGCUUUUCCAAGCUCGUGCAACUGUUGCUUGGGCUUAGCGAAGAGGUUUUACAUCAGGCACUGCGAUCAAUGGACGAAAUGACUAGGAUUUCCGAUGUGAGAAAACCGCACACCACAUAUCAGCAUUCCACCUUCCGGGACUUCCUCUUUGACCGUUCCCGGUCAAGGAGAUUUUUCAUUGACAAAGGCUCUUGGAGCAACUUUCUUGCCCUGCGUUCCCUCUUUCUGUUGCAGAUGAAUGAUGGCCACGCCGGUGAAGGCUAUCGUCUGUCGAACAUUUUACUCGACAAUUGGGCUCACAUCUGCAUUGUUGUCGACAAUCCUACAGAGAAAUUGAUGUCCGGACUUUACCGUAUGGAUUUGGGUGCCGUCUUCGCAAAGUUUCUCAACUACAGUAUGGGUAGCCUGUUCUGUAAAUUUGAAACCAUUUCAACCUGGCUAGAAUCUAAAGUCCUGCAUCCUGUCAAGUCUAUACCAAGGUUAACCUGUUUUCAGACCGACAGUGUAGCCCCGCCCGAUCUUAUUGAUCGCUUCAGAAAUGUCCAAGGAGCAUUUCACAUUCGAAGCACGAGGCAGGAUGUUGAAUCUGGACGCCACCAUAACGUCAUCACCAUGAUCAUCCUUUCCAUCGUCGAAUGGACCGGGUCCGAUCGGGUAUGCACCUCAUUGAUAAUGAGAGAUUUUGUGGACCACCGGUCCAAGAGUUUCCGUGCAUCGGUAACGGCCCAACUCUCAGCCGAGUUUUGCGGGUGCUCGGACUCCGCAUUUAAUUCUGACUGCGUUUCAGCCCCGAUUCCUGGUAAAACAGACCUGUAUCACAUCAAUAUUCCAGCUGGUUGCGCUCAAAUUUUCAAAACAUUUGUAUCCUGUUUGCAGGCAUACAAAUCACGAAAUUUCACCCACAAGGAGUACUGCAAUCUCGCCGACGACCUACUAGUGUGGUGUCCAACGCUGGUGACACGAUGUCUUCCCCUAGUACCCGAUAUCCUUUCCCGUUUUCAGACGGUUUUGGAUAUUGCUAAGACAUUGGGACGAGGAGAUGACUAUCGCCUGUGGAAGGGAUACAGCUGUAUAAGGCUCUCCCAAAACAAGCUGCUAUUUUGGCUCAAGAAUUUCCCUGCCGAUUGCGCCAACGAAGUUGAAACUGUCAGGAACAAUCUCCUGACCCUAAUGCCACUUAAUGAAUGA